AUCCCGCGGGCGGCUGGCUGGGACGGCGUGGGCGACCCGGAUUGCGGGCGCCCGGAGCCCCGUUUCAGCCCGAGGGGAGGUAGCUGGUUGAGGGCAGUUCUCCAUGAAUGUACGUCACCAUGAUGAUGACCGACCAGAUCCCCCUGGAACUGCCACCCCUGCUCAAUGGGGAGGUGGCCAUGAUGCCCCACUUGGUGAAUGGAGAAGCAGCCCAGCAGGUCAUUCUUGUCCAAGUUAACCCGGGUGAGACCUUCACCAUAAGAGCUGAGGAUGGGACACUGCAGUGCAUCCAAGGACCUGCUGAAGUUCCCAUGAUGUCACCCAAUGGGUCCAUUCCUCCUAUCCAUGUGCCUCCAGGUUAUAUCUCACAGGUGAUUGAAGACAGUACUGGAGUCCGCCGGGUGGUGGUCACACCCCAGUCUCCCGAGUGUUACCCACCGAGCUACCCCUCAGCCAUGUCUCCCACCCAUCACCUCCCCCCUUAUCUGACUCACCACCCCCACUUCAUUCAGAACUCGCACACAGCUUACUACCCUCCUGUCACCGUGCCUGGAGACAUGCCACCACAGUUCUUCCCUCAGCACCAUCUGCCCCCCACAAUAUAUAGUGAGCAAGAAAUUAUCCCACUGUAUGGAAUGUCGAGCUAUAUCACUCGAGAAGACCAGUAUAGCAAGCCAGCACACAAAAAACUGAAGGACCGCCAGAUUGACCGCCAGAACCGCCUAAACAGUCCACCUUCCACCAUCUACAAGAACAACUGUGCCACAGUAUACAAUGGCUACGGCAAAGGGCACGGUGCUGGAAGCAGUGGAGGAGUCGGAGGUGGGAGCGGAGGUGGACCUGGGAUCAAAAAGACAGAGCGGAGAGCAAGAAGCAGCCCAAAGUCCAGCGACUCGGACUUGCAAGAGUAUGAGUUGGAAGUCAAAAGAGUACAAGACAUUCUUUCGGGAAUAGAGAAACCACAGGUGUCUAAUAUCCAGGCGAGAGCAGUCCUGCUGUCCUGGGCACCUCCUGCCGGACUGUCCUGUGGACCCCAUGGUGGUCUUCCCUUCCCUUACAGCUACGAAGUCAUCUUGUCUGACAAAGGGAGAGACGGGAGAUACAAGGUCAUUUACAGGUAUGGAGAAGAAUUGGAAUGUAACCUGAAAGAUCUCAGGCCUGCCACUGAUUACCACGUGAGGGUGUAUGCCGUGUACAAUUCUGUCAAGGGAUCUUGCUCUGAGCCAGUUAGCUUCACCACCCACAGCUGUGCACCAGAGUGCCCCUUCCCUCCCAAGCUGGCACACAGGAGCAGAAGUUCACUCACCUUGCAGUGGAAGGCACCAAUUGACAAUGGUUCAAAAAUCAGCAGCUACCUUUUAGAAUGGGACGAGGGAAAGAGAAACAGUGGCUUCAGACAGUGUUUCUUUGGGAACCAGAAGCAUUGCAAGUUGACAAAACUCUGUCCAGCCAUGGGCUACACGUUCAGACUUGCUGCUCGGAAUGACAUCGGCACCAGUGGUUACAGCCAGGAGGUGGUGUGCUAUACACUGGGAAACAUCCCACAGAUUCCUUCAGCACCCAGGCUCGUCCGAGCUGGCGUCACCUGGAUCACACUGCAAUGGAACAGGCCAGAAGGCUGCUCGCCUGAGGAAGUAAUUACCUACACCCUUGACAUCCAGGAGGAUGAAAAUGAUAACCAUUUCCACCCAAAGUACAGUGGAGAAGAUCUAACCUGUACUGUAAAAAAUCUCAAAAGAAGCACACAGUACAAAUUCAGGCUGACUGCCUCCAACAUGGAAGGGAGAAGCUGCCCAAGCGAAGUCCUGGUCUGCACAACCAGUCCCGACAGACCUGGACCUCCAACCAGACCCCUCAUUAAAGGACCCGUCACAUCUCAUGGCUUCAGGGUCAAGUGGGAUGCUCCAAAGGACAGUGGUGGCUCAGAGAUCCUUAAGUAUCUGCUGGAGAUCACAGAUGGAACUUCAGAAGCUGGUCAGUGGGAAGUGGCCUACAGUGGGUCUGCUACGGAGUAUGUCUUCACCCACCUGAGACCGGGCACUCUGUACAAGCUGCGAGUCUGCUGCAUCAGCACCGGUGGGCACAGUCAGUGUUCUGAAAGUCUCCCUGUUCGCACACUAAGCCUUGCGCCAGGUCAGUGCCGACCACCGAGGGUUUUGGGUAGACCAAAGCACAAGGAAGUCCACUUAGAGUGGGAUGUCCCCGCAUCUGAACGCGGCUGCGAGGUCUCUGAGUACAGCGUGGAGAUGACGGAGCCUGAAGACGUCGCUUCCGAGGUGUACCACGGGCCUGAGCUGGAGUGCACGGUGGGCAACCUGCUCCCUGGAACUGUGUAUCGCUUCAGAGUGCGGGCUCUGAACGAUGGAGGGUAUGGACCCUACUCUGAUGUGUCAGAAAUCACCACGGCCGCAGGGCCCCCAGGACAGUGCAGAGCUCCCUGUCUAUCCUUCACGCCUGACGGAUGUGUGUUGGUGGGUUGGGAGAGUCCCGAAAGCCCUGGAGCUGACAUCUCGGAGUACAGGUUGGAAUGGGGUGAAGAUGAAGAAUCCUUAGAAGUCAUUUACCAUGGUCCAGACACCUGCUUUGAGAUACAAGAUCUGUUGCCUGCUGCACAGUAUUGCUGCAGACUACAGGCCUUUAAUCCAGCAGGGGCAGGACCGUAUAGUGAGCUUGUCCAUUGCCAGACACCUGCCUCUGCCCCCGACCCUGUGUCCACGCUGUGUGUCCUGGAGGACGAGCCCCUCAGUGCCCACCUGGACUCGCCCUCCGUGUGCCUUGUACUGAACUGGGAAGAGCCGUGCAAUAAUGGAUCUGAAAUUGUCGCUUACAAUAUCGAUCUCGGAGACACUAGCAUUACUGUGGGCAACACUACCACACACAUAAUAAAGGACCUCCUUCCAGAAACUACAUACCGGAUCAGAAUUCAGGCUAUCAAUGAAAUUGGAGUUGGACCAUUUAGUCAGUUCAUUAAAGCAAAAACUCGGCCAUUACCACCCUUGCCUCCUAGGCUGGAAUGUGCUGCAUCUGGUCCACAGAGCCUGAAGCUGAAGUGGGGAGACAGCAACUCCAAGAUCCAUGCUGCUGAUGACAUGGUGUACACGCUGCAGCUGGAGGACAGGAACAAGAGGUUUGUUUCGAUCUACAGAGGACCCAGCCACACCUACAAGGUCCAGAGACUGACAGAGUUCACCUGCUACUCCUUCAGAAUCCAGGCAGCCAGUGAGGCAGGGGAAGGACCUUUCUCAGAAACCUAUACCUUCAGCACAACCAAGAGUGUCCCUCCCACGCUCAAAGCCCCUCGGGUGAUGCAGUUAGAAGGAAACGCGUGUGAGAUCCUGUGGGAGACGGUACCACCAGUGAAAGGCGACCCUGUUAACUACAUUCUGCAGGUAUUGGUCGGAAGAGAAUCUGAGUACAAACAGGUGUACAAGGGAGAAGAAUCCACAUUCCAAAUCUCAGGCCUCCAGAGCAACACAGACUACCGGUUCCGUGUGUGUGCAUGUCGCCGCUGUGUGGACACCUCCCAGGAGCUCAGUGGAGCUUUCAGCCCCUCUGUGGCCUUUGUGUUACAACGACAUGAGGUCAUGCUGGCAGGCGAUACAGGGAGCAUGGACGAUCCCAGAAUGAAGGGCAUGAUGCCUACUGAUGAACAGUUUGCUGCCCUCAUAGUGCUUGGCUUUGCAACCUUAUCCAUUUUAUUUGCCUUUAUAUUACAGUACUUCUUAAUGAAGUAAAUCCAGCAGACUGGAGGUCUGAGUGGAGUGCCACAUUUUAAUACACAUUUACUCAGAGUCUCCCUUUUUAAGCCUUUUAUUCUUUGAUUUAUAUACUUCUCUUGUUUUACAGAUUUAGCUAGGGGAAACAGUCAAUGUUUGCCUGCACCGAUUUGAAAUGCAAAACUAGGAAGAGGUUAAACUGGAUUUUAAAAAAAAAUAAUAACAAAUAAAAGAAGAAAUAAGAAGAAGAGAAGGGAGCAGAGGAAAGCACCAACCACCAAGAGCUAGUGUGCCCAGUGAGCGCAGUGUGCCCAGUGAGCCCAGUAUACCCAGUAAGCACAGUGUGCCCAGUGAGCGCAAUGUGCCCAGUGAGUGCAGUGUGCCCAGUGAGCCCAAUAUACCCAGUGAGCACAGUGUGCCCAGUGAGGCCAGUGUGCCCAGUGAGCUAUGUCUUCAAGCUUUCCACUAUGCUUCUAUUCUGUUUCCACAGAUGUCUUUUGCAAGCCUUGAUUUUUGGAGUGUUCCAGUUUAGUAAUUUAUAUUCACCGUCACUUCUUGAUCGUCUCUAUCUGUAAACAGAAUCACAGUGUAUGGAGUUCAGGGCUGGGAUUUCACUGUUGUCAGAGUGGUACCACACAAGAACAUACAGAACAUGUGUGCCUUCGGCUGAGGCCACCUAGACCAUCCUAUCAUCACUCAGUUAUGUAACUGUUUAGCUCAUUGAAAUCAAAGUGUGUACUUUAAUCUAAAUGUGUUACUACUCUGUAUCCCUUAUGAUUUUAACACUAUGAGUUGCCUGUCUAAGAAAUCACAUAACCAAAUUUGCACCUAUAAAUGAUGGAGCAUUGUAGAUCCCCACACGGUCCAUAGCAGUAACUUUAAGAGGGCAUUGUGCAAUAGUUAGUUGUCUCCUGUCCAGCUACUUUAAAAGCUGCUUUAACUAGCCUGUCUGUCUUUGUAUAUAACUACUUCUAAUCUAAUCACUAGAGUUGUUAUAUUCUGUUACAUUUGACCAGAAUUGUGUGGCGAGAACUCAUGGCAGUUGAGUGCCUCACAGUGAGCUGUCUCCUUACAUGCUGGCCCACUCUUUUUGACAGAUUUGCCUUUGGCUGUCCUUUGUGGCAUUAUUGGAGUGGAUGAAGUUCCACACCUUAGUUCAAUGCCGUGAGACUCAUGCAGCAGUAGAUACAUUCUCACUGAGAGAGCCCACAAGGAAACGCCUGCAUUUGUCCUGUUUCUGGGGGCUUGAUCCGGCCAUAUGUAGAGAGCGAAUGCCAACUGGCUGUAAGCACAGUGUGUGGGGCCGAAGAGCCUACAUGAUUCUCUCCUGGGUCUGUCACUCACUUGCUUUGUGACCUCUGUGCCUGUUUUCCCAUGCAUGAGAAAUCAAAUCAAAUCAAAUGGGGAUUCAGUAUCUGUAAGUGCUUUGAGACCUUGGAUCCACCGGUGCUAUUGGAGUGCAAGUGUUAUCUCGCAUGUUCAUGUAGUCAUGAGAUGAUCAGUUCUAACCCAAAGUCAUUGGAUUCCUCAUAUGAAGUCCACAAUGUUCGAGUACCUCAGGGACACUUAAGAGUUGGAGGUGCAACUGUAUUCCAAAAGGGUGCGACAGACACAGCCGCCCCCCUGCCCUGGCUGUUUGUAUAUUUUUGCUCCUUGGUUUUUCUUGGUCAUCCCUGUUUUGUUCUUGGUCCGUGUUGUCUAUGACGCAGUAAGUGCCCUGUACUAGCUUAUGAUAUUCCCAUACCAAAGUCAUGGGGAAACCAACAUUAUUUUGUUUGGGGUUUAUUUAUACUAUAUUCUGCAUACAAUACUUUAAAUGCCAAUUACAGUGCAAUCUUUAUUUAUUGUAAAAAUUUUUAAAUGUACUUAUGUACUAAUUUGCCCUCAUAGCAUGUUAUAUUUUGUGUGUUUUAUACUUUUGUAAUUUUAGGUCAGUUUUGUUCCCUGGCAGCAUCUGUAGUAUUAACCUUCUGACAUUUUCUUGUGUUUUUAAAGAUAAGAAGAGCAUCUAACUCAUUAAAUGCCAAAAAAGCAAAAAACAAAAAAAAAUCCCAUUAUCAGUGAUUGAAAGGUUUACAUGUACCCAGAAAACCAUAAUCAUCUCUCAUAAGAGUGCUAAGAUCAGUGCAUUAUUGUGUGCCUAUAUCAAUGUAGCUAAGUGCUAGAGAGCUCUGUAUUUUGAUAUUGACUAUAAUAAUUAGUGUAAUUAGACUUGUAAACUGAUGGUAUCAAGGUAAAUAUAUUUUUGCCAAAGCUCUGGCCUUCAGAAACUCAUCUUUCAUCUAAAUGUGUCGUGUGUCCCACUGACAUUAUAUCUGCAUUUUCUGAGACAAUUGUAAGCAGGUGAGAGCAAAUUCAGUGGAGUAAUUUUUCAGGCUAUUUGUGGGGAGAGUCUUCUUUUGGAACACUUCAGCACUGCUGCUGUAAAGGAUCACCUGAAUUGGUUGGAUGGUUUUAAAGGAAACAAUACUUCCGGCCCAAAUCUCUGUGAACAUUUGCUCUUCCAGAGAGUUCCAUGACCCGUGACCGUCAGAAAAGCUGAAGUGUGGCACACAAGCAGACAGCACUUUAUUCUAUCGCUCUCCACUACUUUGUUUUCAUUAUGGCCUCUUCAGUCAGGAAGUUAUUCCUCCACAUGGCACUAUUUUGUAUCACAAGUCUGUAUAUGUGCUGUGGAUAUAUAACUCUAUAUUGCUGUCACAAAGGAGCAAUAAGAGAAAGUUCUGUUAACCUCCCUCUACCCUUUGCCAUACGUAGGAUUGAGUGAGCAGCUUUCUGAUGCUCUGAUGCUUUUCUGUAUGUCACAUGCAUCCCUGACACAAGAAAUCCAGUCAUCUGAAACAAACCACCCUUUGUCCUCAAAGAAAAUGUUUAACAAGAAAACUUUUUUAAAGGAUAUUUUGCAUAUUAUCUGCCUUGUUCUUAUCAAACUUUGAUGUUGACAUUUUCUAACCCUGUUUCUUUGGCUACAAUCAUGCAGUAUUUGUGUCAAAAUUGAAAAGUGCCCUAAUAGAAUGUGUUUGAAUGUUAUCCUUGCACAAUCCUUUAAAUUGAAAGACAAAAUGUUUUACCUCACUGUUGGACAUACAUUCCAAGCUUUUCAACUUUAGGAGAAAAAAAAUAAUCAUAUGUUUUCCUGUCUUGUAAAUUUUAGAUUAUUUCAUAUACAUUGUAUUAAAACUGCCAUAUCAAUUUUAAUGUAUAGAUUUUGCAAAUACUAUGCUAUAUGUAAUACCUAACUGUAUCUGUAGUGUAUAUGUAAUAUAUUU